AUGGAUUCAGGGCUACCCCACGCAGUGGGGGGGGGGGGGGGGGGGGGGGGGGGGGGGGGGGGGGGGGGGGGGGGGGGGGGGGGGGGGGGGGGGGGGGGGGGGGGGGGGGGGGGGGGGGGGGGGGGGGGGGGGGGGGGGGGGGGGGGGGGGGGGGGGGGGGGGGGGGGGGGGGGGGGGGUGGGGGGGGGGGGGGGGGGGGGGGGGGGGGGGGGGGGGGGGGGGGGGGGGGGGGGGGGGGGGGUGGGGGGGGGGGGGGGGGGGGGGGGGGGGGGGGGGGGGGGGGGGGGGGGGGGGGGGGGGGGGUGGGGGGGGGGGGGGGGGGUGGGGGGGGGGGGGGGGGGGGGGGGGGGGGGGGGGGGGGGGGGGGGGGGGGGGGGGGGGGGGGGGGGGGGGGGGGGGGGGGGUGGGGGGGGGGGGGGGGGGGGGGGGGGGGGGGGGGGGGGGGGGGGGGGGGUGGGGGGGGGGGGGGGGGGGGUGUUGGGGGGGGGGGGGGGGGGGUGGGGUGGGGGGGGGGGGGGGGGGGGGGUGUUGGGUUGGGUUGGUGUGGGGGGUUUGGUGGUGUGGGGUGUUUGGUUUUGGUGGGGUUGGGGUUGA